CCAACGUUGCUUAGGUGACGGGCGCGGUGCUGGUUGGGAUUGUCAUGGCGGCGCUCAGCAGAGAGGAGUAUUUGAAGCGGUACCUCAGCAGCUCCGAGUCCGGGAAGCGGGGGGACAGGGAGCUUCCGGCCGGGAGGAAAAAGAGAAAAGCGAAGAUCAAAGCCGGGGGAAUGCGGAUUGUGGAUGAUGAUGUGACUUGGAAGAGCCUUGCGACAGACGAAAAUACAUUGGAGGUGGAGUCUGGUGAUGAUGAUGAUGAAGCUCCUGUGAUUGCAGAAUUAAUUGAUGAGAGACCUGUAAUUAUUCAGCAAAUGGAAGAAUUUCGAUCCAGCAAGUGGAAAGUUUUAGGCGAUGAAAAUGCAGACUCACAGGGCUCAGACCUGUUUUUACAAACACAAACUGGCACUUCAUUACCAGGUUUUGAUUCUCUACCGGGAAAAGGGAUGAAUUGUGGUUCUCAGCUUUCUAAGAAAAAAGUGGGAGCAGUUUCACCUGACCAGUCAGCGGCCAGAAGACAACGCCAUGAUUCAUCAGAUGUUUCACCUGUUCCAGACAGGUGGAACGAUUCUCCUGACCUUUCACCAUCUCGGAGAGAGCGGCAUGAUUCUCCUGACCUUUCACCUCUUCGGAAGGGACGCCACGAUUCGCCUGACCUUUCACCUCCAAGGAAACUACGUCAUGAUUCUCCUGACCUUUCACCUCCAAGGAAGAAAAACUCUGAAAAAUCAAUCAGAUCAUCAGACUUGUCACAUGGAAAGACAUUGUCCCCAAAGAGAGACAAGGACAGAAGAGCAAGAGGAUCUCCACGGAAAGCAAAGGAUUCUGAUGCUGACCUUUCACCCCCACGAAAGGGAGGUCAGCAUUCUUCUGACUCGGACCUGUCGCCACCACGCAGGAAGGUGGAGAUCCAAACCUCAUGUCCAUCGCCUACUCAGCAGAGGCAACGUACUCAUAAACAUGCUUCCUCAAGGGGACAAGUUGUCAGUCGAGACUCGAGUCCGAGCAGAAAGUCACAAGGGAAUGAGAUGCUAUCUGGGGAUAAGGCUGGUCUGGUAUCGACAGAUACAUUAAGGAAAGAGAAAGAGGACCGGAGGAAAAGGGAGCGAGCAGCCGAGCACUUAGCAGAUGACGCUAGAAAUGCCACUACUGUGUUCCGAGAUAAAUUGGGGAAAAAGAGGGACUUGGAUCAGGAACGGCUUGAACAGAAGAAGAAGAACGAGGAGAAUGCAAUAAAACUUGAAAAAUAUGCCCAGUGGGGCAAAGGGUUGGCUCAGCAAGAGCAGCAGAGGCAGAACAUAGAGGAUGCUGUUCGUGAGAUGCAAAAGCCACUUGCCCGACAUAUCGAUGACGAAGACUUAGACCGCCACCUACGUGAGAAAGAGCGGGAUGGUGACCCAAUGGCUGGGUUAAUCAAGAAGAAGAAGGAAAAGGAGGCCAAGAAUAAAAAUGAGAAGCCACGAUACAAGGGUCCUGCACCACCCCCCAACAGGUUCAACCUGUACCCUGGGUACCGCUGGGAUGGAGUGGACAGGUCAAAUGGGUUUGAAAAGAAGCGGUAUGCCAGACAAGCUGAAAAGAAAGCAGUGCAAGAGAUCGCAUACAAAUGGAGUGUGGAGGAUAUGUAAACCAUUAAACAUAAUAGCUAUCAGUACAUGGAGACUUUUGCACUGGGACUUUAACACUCCAUGAAAAAAGACUUCACCGAAAGAUAUUUAUUCAUUUCUCUGCAAAAGGUGGUUUGAAUUUUUGGAAACAUGAGAGAAGUGAAAGUUGUUUUUUAAAUCAGUUAAUAUUUUGUCCUUUUGAAUACAAAGUUUAUAUUGUGUGAUUGUGGGUCUUUCAAGCAGUCUUUCUUAUGAGCUUUUCAUUUUUAUUGAUUUGUUUGCGGGCUGAACUGUAUCCAGCUGGUAAAUGUACUGCUUUAAAUAUGCAAGUUGCUUUUUGAUCAUUUGGUGUGAUCUGCAUUAAGCAAACUCAUUUUUUCACACAAAAUUAACACAGGCUAUUAAAAUGUAUUAAGCAAGAGAGUAUUGACCUACAUGAUGCCACGGUUAAUUAAAUAUAAGCAACCUUUUAAUUCCACAAUCAUCACAGCAAGUUCAAGUCAGUAAUGAUACACUUCUUACAACUGAUGUUCAAUUGUUAGGUGAUUUUAGGGUUCAGUGACAAAGAUUGUUUAGUGUAUUAAAAGAGCAAAACUUUAUUUUUUCAACAAAA